UCAAAAUUUGUUAACAAAAAUCAUGUGAUCAUACGAGACCAAUCAGACAAAAGCUGUAACAAAACCUCAAAAUGGCAUCCUCGCAGGCGCUUUUUGAAGCCCUGACAGGUAUUGAUAAUCAAACAGCACUUGCAGUUCAGUCACUGCUGGAGACAUCUGCUUCUGUGCAGGAACCACCUGCAGAUGAUGAAGAUGUCUUCCAGUGUGGCAAAUGCAAGAAGCAAUUCACAAAUUUACCAGUUUUUAUGAACCAUAAAAAAGACAAUUGUUUAGGCCAUAUAUCAAGAUCGGGAGCUGGAGUUGGGGCAGUUAAUAGUGCAUUUACAAGCUCUUUCUCUCAGAACCCUUUAAGUCGCUCUAUCCAAUUCAACACUUCGGUGCCACAAUCUCCUCUUACUCAACUGACCGGUCAAAAUGUUAUUCUCAGUGAAGAGGUUCUGAUAUCACCAUUUGCUUCAGUUGACCACCUUCAAAAUAAUGUGCUACACGCUGCAAAUAGUUUAACCAGUGUUCCAUUUGUGACCCAGCAAACUCAGCCCCGUAACGGUAAUCAGCAAGGCUUCACGUCCGUAGCAACUAUCAAUACAGCCUCAUUCGCAAGCUUGUCUCAGAAUCAAGUAACUUUUAGUACUCCUGUAAUUGCAAGACCUACACCAACAACAGCACCUCUCAUUAGCAUUGCUGACAAUACCCAAACAGUGGUUCAGGACGAUCUACUUGUUACCCAACAUAAGGUACCUAAAACCUUGAAUGACUUCAAUUUUGUCAAAGAUAAUGUCGAACUUCCUCGGGAAAAAUCCUCUGGCAGUAAUACUAGGAUUAGUAAACGAGACGGCAAGUUUAAAUGUACAUACUGUGAUAAAACUUUCCAGAAGUCGUUUGAUUUAAACCAACAUGUUCGAAGCCAUACUGGUGAAAAACCAUUUCAGUGUAUUGUGUGUGGUAGGGCCUUCGCACAAAAAUCCAAUGUUAAAAAACAUAUGCAGACGCACAAAGUUUGGCCAUCAGGACGUGGAAACACUUUACCUAAAAAGCCAAUCAGUAAAUUAACAACAAAAGACUGUGAAAAUAAUGUUGAGCAAGAGAAUGAAUCCAACCAGCAAGUCUCUGAAGAGUAUAAUUCAACAUCACCAGCAGAGUGCAUCGUCAUUGACAACUCCUACCUGUGUAGUUUCUGUGAUAAAUCAUUCAAGUCCUAUUUUGCACUGAAGACGCAUAUGACCCAGCACAAAAAUGAGCAAGUAUUCAAGUGUAUUUUGAAGUCUUGUGGAAAAACAUUCAAGAAUCUAGAAUCUUUUCUUGAGCACACCAAGACUCAUGAGAUGGAGAUGUCUUAUAGAUGUCACAUGUGUUGUAAGCACUUCCCUUCUCUAUACGAGUUGGGUGUGCAUCAGUACUCGCACAGUUUGUAUCCUAAUCAGGGUCCAAGAGUCAUACAGAAAACCUUCCGAUGCAACAAGUGUCUAAGUAAAUAUUCCACUCAAGCAGCCUUGGAUCAUCACAAUGCCACCACAAAUCAUCGCUUUGACUGCCAGCAUUGCGGCAAGGUGUUUCCAAGUGAACGCUACUUACGACGCCAUCUACCAACUCAUACUAGUGUCGGCACCUUCAAAUGUGAGAUGUGCGACAAAUUCUUUAAGACAGAUCAUUAUCUAAAGACACAUAUGUUGAUUCAUUCUGGAUAUAAGCCAUUUGCCUGUGAGAUGUGCCAGGCAGCAUUUAAUCGCAAAGAUAAACUGAAACGUCACAUGUUAAUUCACAACACAGUCAAACGCUUCAAGUGCCCCUUUCAGUCUGUGACAGGAUGCAAGUCGGAAUUCAACAGACAGGAUAAGCUUAAAGCCCAUGUUAUAUCGCACAGCGGCGUCAAACCAUUUCGAUGUCAAGUCUGCGAUAAGAAAUUCAGCCGUAAAACUAACUUAACAGACCACAUGCGAAUGCACACCGACGAUUAUCCUAACAGGUGUGAAAAAUGCAAUAAGGGAUAUAAUAGACAUCACACUUGCCCUCAACUGAAGAAGAAUAAGGUCACCUCUACAGGAAAAAGCAAAAAUAUUGAUAAAGAACUGGACGAAAUAUUGCAAAUGGAGGAAGCCUAUAAUGCUGAGAUGAACGCCAGCGCCGAUCAAGCAGGUACCAGGCGAUCCAACAGAAUCAAAAUAAAAAAGAAAAGUCGUCAACAAGAGAUGGCUUUGAAAGCUAAAGCUGCGCAAAAUACUUCAAAAGGACGCAAAGGGAAACUUGUGGGCAUGUCCGCAAGCAACAUGAUCGCAGGUAUAGCACGUGACUUGGAGAUCAUUAAAGCGCACAUGAAUGAAAAUACAAGCACGAAGGAGUCUGAUGAAAUGAACCAUUCGUUGACCGUUGAAUCAUGCCAGCAAGAUGACGACAUUGAACAAAGCAUUCUAUUGACACAAUUUACCGAAUCAAUUUGCCCUCCAUCGAAGAAUUGUAAUCUUGAACACUCCGAAACAUCUGCAUUUGAUGCAGUUAUUGUACAUGGAACAGAGCACACGACCAAUGCAAUUCAAACUACAUCCUCAUCAUGAUAAUUAAGUUAAAUUGACUCUACGAUACAUGUGUGAAUUUGAAUAAAUAUAUAUCAAAUGUAUGUAUUUAUAUGUAUACAGGUCUCCCUCUAAUUAAAGACCCCUCCAAUUAUAGACCAUCUCCAAUUUAAUACCACUUUUCUGCCGCUACAGACCAUAGAAACCCUGGUCCCACAAGUGGUCUUUAAUUGGAGAGAGAGAGACAUAAAUAUAUAUAUAUAUAUAUAUAUAUAUAUAUAUAUACAUAUAUAUAUAU